UCGGUCUGUCUUUCCAAACGUGACUGUAUGGAUGCGUUCGAAUGUAUACGGGGUGAUUCAUGUGUAAAUUACGUGUAGUAUUCGCCGCAAAGUGAUGACUACACAUCGGAGGUUUUGUAUAUAUGUUGACGGCGCGUACGGCAAAAUCAUUUAGUAGACGUUCAAGAUCGUAACGAUUCAGACCUCUAAAAAAACAUACGAAUAAAAACGAGUAAUAAUAGCAUACUGCAAAAUAUCAGUAUCAUAACGAUAACCAUAGAAAGAGAGCUUCAUUCAGCUUUUUGUGCAGCAACGCGCAUUUUGGAACAAAAUACGGUGUGUGUAUGUGAAAAAUCAAACCGAAAAGUUUGAUUCGACGACGACCAGAUCCAAAUAGCUACAAGAAAAAAGCUAAUAUUGCAAAAAGUGUUUGUUUGUGUUUUUUUUUAAAUAAAAACCAAAAAACAAGUUUAGAGAAUGGGGAAACUGCAUUGGCUCACACAAAUAUAUGAUUUCGCAUUAAAUAGCCAUUCUGAAUUAUUUUUGGCAAAAGUUUCGAUGUUUUCGCGUAAAAAUUAUAGUGCACCAAUAGCAACAAUUCUGAGACAAAGAUUAUCUCUAUUCGGACAAAAGAAGAGCAUUGCUAAAAAUUAGACUUUUCAAGUGGUUUCCCGAUGUAAAAGAAAUUUAGCAACAAAAAACGUUCUGAAGAAAGUUUCUCAAAGCUUAAAAAACAACAACACGAAUUUAAUGUGCAAAUUUGUUCCUACAAAAAAAAACUUGUGAUAAUUUCAUCUGUUUAGAAAAAUACUUUCGAAAAAAUAACGAGAGAAAAAAAACACUGAAAUAAGAGUUUAUGUAUGAAAGUUGCGCGCUUAAACAUUUAUUGAAUCAAAGAAAUUAGAUCGAAUUUACAAACCCUGUGAGAGUCACCAAUUGGAGCAGUUGUUCAAAUUUGACCCAUUCAAAUUGUUUGAAUCGCGACCGAUUUAAAAAAAAAACACACACAGUUUUCAUUGAGCAUUUUUUUAAAACCUCAAUUGAGUUUUUUUUCGUGAGUUUGGUAUAAUUCGUGCAAUCGCGGUGAAAGUGUGCCAUUGGCAUAACGUCAUUCAUUCCACAUUGAGCCGUUUUCGUUUCGAGCAUAUAUACAUUUAUACUUGUUCCGUAUCUGUAUUUUGUUGAUUUUGCUGUUAUUCUGCGGUUUGAUUGUGAAAUUGUUUGUGAACAAGAGAAAACUUAUAUACGUAUGCACAAAAUAGUCUUUUCUUCCUUCUCUCGCAAAGCGCAAGCUGAACAUUUCAUAUCAAAGAAGACGAUAGAAGAAGAAAAAAUAAAUAAAAAAAAAUUCGAACGAAUGAAAUAAUAAAAAAACAGUUCAAAUCACAAAGCGAAAAUAGCAACGAGAAACCGUUGGUGAAAUGAACAUUCAACCAAUUUGAAGCCUGAAAGAAAGAAAGAAGCAUAACAACCGUGUAUGUGAGAGAGAAUAUCAAAGAAAUAAAUGAGCAAAAUUAACGACAACGACCACAACGAACACAAUCUUAAUCUAUGACAUAGCGGAUUGAUGUACAUAUAACGGAAUUUCGAAUAGUUCUUCUUCUUCUUCGCAUCGCUUCGUAUUAGCGUUGGCCAUUGGUUUGUGUGCAAGAUUCAUUCUAAAUAAGACAAAGGCCAUCGGUAUCUCGACUUCUUUUUCGUAUAUUUUGUGUAUGCUUGGCGUGAGAAUAUCGAAGCAAACGAGAAGGAAAAAUACCAACGAGAAAGCAAAAUAAAUAAUUUGAGUAUCGGAACCAGCAAAAAACUUCAUAGAAAUUCCAAUCCGACCAACAUAAACAAUUGCAAGCAUUUUACAGUUAAAAAUAAUUCUGCUGUUUUGCUUUACUUCGUCGGCUGUGUAACAUAAAGUACUGUUUUAAAUUAGCUGUGCACACUCAUACGCGAUUUCCUAUCAUAUCAAAAAAGGUAGAUAGAGAGAGAGUGUAUCAGACAGCAUCAUCAUACGAGACUAGAAACGACUUUCAAACAGUGUGUUAAUUAUAUAAUGAGCACUGUAUGACAUUGGUCACCCGUUCAUGGAAAUACAGUUCACAUCGCCAAGAAAUUAUACACAUCAACAAAAUCAACCGUUUUUUUAGUGGCUCAUACAAAAACACUUGAGAUUUUUCCAUCGUUUUCUUUAUAAUCUGUCCAACUAUUUAUUUAUUUAUUUUUGACAACGACAUCAACAAACCGAAUUGUGUGCGUGUGUUUGCUAAUUUCGAUGCGAUUCGAAAUUGAAAAGUGAAAUCACUUCGCAUGAGAAGAACUUUUAGAAAAAAACAAACAAAAAUUUGAAAUAUAUGUGAUUUUAAUUAACGCUAAACUCAAAUAUAUAUAAACAUUCGAACAUUCAGUGUGAAUCGAUUUUUGCUGUCGUUUGUUUUUCAACUUCUUUUUCAUCUGUUGUACUUGGCUGCAUUUUUCACAUUCACGUGCAAAUUGAAUUUACAAGUGAAAAUUAAGUCUAAAGGAAGCGAAUUAGCGCAUUCAAACGACAUAUUAUAUUUGUUUUAAAAUUUAAUAUAAAACAAAAACCAACACGAAGAAGGUCAACAAUGACGACAACAAUGUUUGAAGAAAUGAACUUCGGUUUGUGGCUGGGCGCAUUUUUUGCCACAUUCGGUUUCGUUCGCAUUUUGAUCAGCUGUAAAAUGUAUAUGGAAUCAAAUCUAAUGGAAGAUAGGAAAGCAGAGGUUUUGGCGCAUUUUACAUCGGAAAACGCCACAAAAGCCGUUUCGACAUCAUCAUCACCACGAUCGACCGCUCAGACUAAAUCACCGCGAAAAAAACACUCGCCUAGUGUAACCGCCAACAAAUGGUCCAAGCAAAAUGGACGCGACGAGUUUUCCAGUAACGAAGACUUAGCCACAUGUUCUGGAGAUGCGGCUAAUGUAACCAACAAUUACGACGAAGACCCCGGUGUCGUGGAUGAUGUGAACACAAGUGAAAGUGAAAGUUCGCCAAAAAUUCGGCGCAAGCAUAAAAAGAAGUCGACAGUUCGGCACCGUGGUGGAUGCAAAAAGAUCACAACAGCUGCGGUCGUCACCACCGUUUCCGCCAAUGGCAACGAAGACAAUAAAGAAAACAAUUGUCUAUCAACAACAUUAACAACAACAAUAACAACAACAACAACAAAUUCAACAAAAUUAGACGACGGUUCAAAGCAUCUAUUCACCGAUCGCUUCAUGACCGAAUUCAAUCGUUGCCGUGCAAUAACACCACCGCUCCGUGAGCAUAUCAAACUCAAUUUGCCGGAAGAGAAAUUAUUUCAAUUUUUAAAACACUAUCUAUUGAGUAGCAAUGAUUUAAAAGCCCAGGGUUAUCCCUAUCGCUACGGACAAAAGGCUGGAUUCUUUAAGAAACGUUUCAGUGCAAGCGUUGACUAUUGUACACCGCCCGUACCGACAAUUGCAUUUGAUGUGAAUGCUCGUGAAUUUAUACCGAGCCACAAGCGACGCACUGUUGAACGAAAAUUAUCAUCGGACAGCGGUCAGGCGACCGGUUCCAGUUCAUCAUCGUCAUCAUCAUCAUCAUCAUCAUCACCAUCGACCGAUAGUGAUUCAAGCGAUAAUGCCGGCGAAAUGAAAUACAAUGAACGCACCGAAAAGAAAUGCAUACGAUGCACACGUGAAUUUCAUGUAAACGAACACGGUGAAUAUAUGAAAGAUGAAAAGUGUACAUUUCAUUGGGGUAAAUUGGAACGACCAAACUCAUAUACGAUGGGUGGUACAUAUACAUGUUGUAGCUCACCAAAAUAUACAAAAGGAUGCACAAUGGCCGAUGGUCAUGUAUGGAGCGGCUUUGAAAUGGGCUUCAAUGGGCCACUCGAUGGCUUUGUACGCACCGACGAAAGUAGCCAGAAAAUUGAUAACGAACGUAAUGUAUUCGCACUCGACUGUGAAAUGUGUUAUACCGGAAAAGGUCUAGAAGUUACCAAAGUAACGUUGGUCAGUUCGGACGGACAAAAAGUUUAUGAGAAAUUCGUUCGUCCGGCAACAAAAAUUGUAUGCUACAAUACUCGCUUUUCGGGCAUUACCAAAAAAGAUUUGGCCACGAAAAAUAACAUUCAUGUGGCUACAUUGCCCGAAGUGCAACAAGAUUUAUUGUGCUUUAUCAAUGCCGAGACAAUUCUAAUUGGCCAUGCACUUGAAAAUGAUCUCAGGGUAUUGAAAAUCAUUCAUGAUAAUGUGAUCGAUACGUCAGUGUGUUUUCCACAUGAGAAUGGGCCAGGUUUUAAGCAUUCGUUACGUUUUCUAACAUCGAAAUAUUUGAACCGGUCCAUUCAAGACUCGGACCAAGGUCACAGUAGCUUCGAAGACAGUCGAGCCUGUCUCGAGCUUAUGCUGUGGCGUGUACGCAAAGAUUUCCGAGCUGUAUUAGAACAAUGACUUGAGUAUAAAUAGUGAUGUUUUUUUUUUUUAAAGAAUAGCGAUUAGGAAUUUUUUUUUAAUUUAUUUUAUUUUGAUAUAAAUAAACAACGAAUGCGCUGUGAUUUUUGACUGUA